GCUGGAUCCUUUUCAGCUCUCCGGGUGGCAUUUGGCACCCAGGGAGGACGGCGUUUUUCAGGAACUUCACCCGCCAGGUGCCGGGGCCAGAAACCUGCUUGGCCACCGCGGCGCCCCUCAUUGUGCGACCUACGCAGGCAGUUCCUGUUCUCAAGUCUGCACUGGAGGUGAACAGGCUGCUGCAGCUCCCAGAUGGCGACGUGGAGGUCAUGCAAGAGGCCAAGGAUGUGGUACAAUAUUGCCUGCGGCGGUCACUCCUUGUGAAUUUCCUCGACGAAUGGGCAGACACGGAGUUCAUCAAUGA